AUGGUUGUGGUCUUCACCAAAGGAGAUGUGCAUGUUAAAGGCUUCAGUCAGACCUCACAACUUCAAGCUCCUCAGAGAAUCCACCCAGGAGACAAAGCAUACAAAUGGUACAUGGGCAUCAAAGGGUCCACAUGGGAAAAACGGUACAAAUUCAAUGUGUGUUGUAAGAACUUAAGCUGCAAUUCCCAUCUUCAUUCCUAUCAGAGAAUCCACACAGGGGAGAAAUCCUACAAAUGUGACAUAUGUGGUAAAGACUUCAGUCAGAUAACCCAUCUUCAGGAGCAUAGAGUUCACACAGGAGAGAAGCCAUACAAAUGUGAGCCAUAUGGUAAGGGCUUCAGUAAGAGUUCACAUCUUCAAGACUACCAGUGAGUUCACACUGGAGAGAAGCCCUACAAAUGUGAUUCGUAUGAUAAGAGCUUCAGAUGGAGUUCACACCUCUAAGCCAAUCGGAGAGUCCACACAGGAGACAAACCAUCAUGUGAAUAAUGCGGGAAAGGCUUCAUUUGAAAUUCAUAUUUUCAUGUUCACCUAAGGACCCACACUAGAGAGAAACCCUAUAAAUGUGGCCUGUGUGGUAAGAGCUUCAGUCAGAUCUCACAUCUCCCAGCUCACCAAAGAGUUCAUACUAAAGAGAAACCAUACAUAUGUUUUGUAUGUGGUAAGGGCUUUAGUAAGAGUUCAUGUCUUCAGGUUCACCAGAACAUCCACAGUGGUGAUAAACCUAUUACACGUGAUGAAUGUGGCAAAAAAUCUCUGGCCUUCAAGGACAUGGUUGUGGUCUUCACCAAAGGAGAUGUGCAUGUUAAAGGCUUCAGUCAUACCUCACAACUUCAAGCUCCUCAGAGAAUCCACCCAGGAGACAAAGGAUACAAAUGUAAGGUCUCAAAUCUUCAAGCCCAUCAGAGAAUCCACACUGGAGGUAAACUCUACAAAUGUAAUGUGUGUGAUAAGAACUUCAUUUACAACUUCCAUCUUCAAAGCCAUCAAAGGGUCCACAUGGGAAAACGGUACAAAUUCAAUGUGUGUUGUAAGAACUUAAGCUGCAAUUCCCAUCUUCAUUCCUAUCAGAGAAUCCACACAGGGGAGAAAUCCUACAAAUGUGACAUAUGUGGUAAAGACUUCAGUCAGAUAACCCAUCUUCAGGAGCAUAGAGUUCACACAGGAGAGAAGCCAUACAAAUGUGAGCCAUAUGGUAAGGGCUUCAGUAAGAGUUCACAUCUUCAAGACUACCAGUGAGUUCACACUGGAGAGAAGCCCUACAAAUGUGAUUCGUAUGAUAAGAGCUUCAGAUGGAGUUCACACCUCUAAGCCAAUCGGAGAGUCCACACAGGAGACAAACCAUCAUGUGAAUAAUGCGGGAAAGGCUUCAUUUGAAAUUCAUAUUUUCAUGUUCACCUAAGGACCCACACUAGAGAGAAACCCUAUAAAUGUGGCCUGUGUGGUAAGAGCUUCAGUCAGAUCUCACAUCUCCCAGCUCACCAAAGAGUUCAUACUAAAGAGAAACCAUACAUAUGUUUUGUAUGUGGUAAGGGCUUUAGUAAGAGUUCAUGUCUUCAGGUUCACCAGAACAUCCACAGUGGUGAUAAACCUAUUACACGUGAUGAAUGUGGCAAAGCAGAGCUUAAAAUGGAACAGUUUUCAAGAGAACACAGAGCAGAGGAACCCUAUCAGAAUGGCACUAUAAGAGUUUUAAUCUGA